GGUGUAGGGACGAAUCUUCCACAGUUAAAACAUGGCAGUAUUUCAGCCAAGUGGAAAACAUGUCCUACGAUCAAUGAAGCCUUGUGAUUUGUCAUCUUGCUCAAAAAGGUUAGAUAGAUUAUUCUGUCCCGUUAUGCAACGUCAUAUCAGGAAACGCUUGCUCUUGCAUGUAUUUUCCUAGUUUCUCCUUAGUAGCGGCUUAAGAGUUAAUCUUGAGUUUUUCUCUCUAGUGAAAUCAAGGCAUAUUUUGAAAAUAGCUUCGACCUUUACGAAACGUUGUUCAAGGCUUUAAAAGGUGAGUCAAAUUUUAUAACCCAUUGGCCUCGACUUUUGUUUAUAGUUUUUGUAAUAAGCUUAAAUCUUCGGACUGAAAAUCGUUCAAACAUGCUAAUUCAUGCUAAUGCUGUAGCUGUUUGGUAUAAGGCAUUCUAUGGAAGAAGAGUAGCAAAAACGUCUAACCAGUCGGUGUGAUUAAACUCGUGAAUGUUGGCGCGAAUUAGUGCAUGAUCCUGGAUAUGUGUUGACAAAUAUUUUCAGACAAAAUGUCUGAUUUUUCGAUCCACCGCUGGUUAAUACGGUAAGCACGUGUCUUGCUUCCAGUUAAUGUCUUGAUGAGGUACUUGUCCCAAGUUUAAGAUGAUUCACGCUCGUAAAUAUUGUUUGCUGUUUAUUAAAAUAGUGACACCAUAAAGAUAUUAUCCCGUUUCACGUACAUAUGUAAGCUUGAGCUUAUGUUUUGAUCACUUGGAUGUAAAUUGUCGCUAGAGUUUUAUUGUAAGGUUACGUAAACGGCCAAAGUAGUUUUCCACCUGAUGUAAUAUUCACAUUCGGUCGGAUUUUCGUGUCGCUGAGCCGUGUGAUUAAAACGAAAAACCACUAGUUCAUAAGGUUAAACCACUGUAGGAAGUUGGAAACUAAAAAUAUUUCCAGUAGCACGAUUUUCUACUAUUAAAAGCAAUGAAAAGGUCAAGAGCGAAUAGGGUGAAACCACAGGGAGCCCACACAAUCUGUUUGUGUAGCCGAUUGUUAUUUUAUAGUAAAUGUACUGGAUUUACCGUUUGCUUCACCUAUAGCGAUAUAUCGCUAACUAUGUAUAUAAAUCAAUGAUAAAUAAAUGUUGAAUUACCUUACCUGUGGUGUAUAGUCGUCCUUUUGCCUCAAAAGCGGUUUUUUGAGUGAUUUUGAAUGAAUUUGAGUUCGCCGUUGACUGUUCCAUAUAAUAGAAGGACAAGGGAGGAAUCCUUGUUUUGAAAGGGUUCCAGCGCCGGAGGGAUUUUUCCCCCCAAAAUCGCAUCGCUCCGCUUUCAAACUUUGCAGCAUAAAGGUCAAAAGAUUCAUGAUUCUUCUCGUACCUUCCAAUUGAAAAUCGAUCCAAACGGCCCGUAGCUAGCCCUUGAAGAAAAUCAAAAUCCCACAGUAUUCGAGCGACUGGAAUGCGUAGCAAGAUCCAUACGUGCCAGCCACAAACCGUCCCGCUGAUUGCCUUUUUUUUAUUGGAUGUCGUUAAACAAAUGGUUAAAUAAUAACUGAUGAAGAAGACUUGGAAAGCGUUUGUUGUUUAACGACAUCCAAUCAAAAAGAGGCAAUCAGCGGGACGGUUUGUGGCUGGCACGUAUGGAUCUUGCUACGCAUUCCAGUCGCUCGAAUACUGUAGGAUUUUGAUUUUCUUCGAGGGCUAGCUACGGGCCGUUUGGAUCGAUUUUCGAUUGGAAGGUACAAGAAGAAUCGUGAAUCUUUUGACCUUUAUGCUGCGAAGUUUGAAAGCGGAGUGAUGCGAUUUUGGGGGAAAAAUCGCUCCGGCGCUGGAACCCUUUCAAAACAAGGAUUCCUCCCUUGUCCUUCUAUUAUAUGGAACAGUCAACGGCGAACUCAAAUUCAUUCAAAAUCGCUCAAAAAACCGCUUUUGAGGCAAAAGGACGACUAUACACCACAGGUAAGGUAAUUCAACGUUUAUUUAUCGUUUAUUAUCGUUUAUUUAACGUUGAUUUAUAUACAUAGUUAGCGAUAUAUCGCUAUAGGUGAAGCAAACGGUAAAUCCAGUGCAUUUACUAUAAAAUAACAAUCGGCCACACAAACAGAUUGUGUGGGUGCCCUGUGGUGAAACUUAUCAAUAAGAAACUUACAUAGCUAGAGUUAAGUCUCUCAUAAACAGCAGCCAAAGGCCGAUGUGGGCCUUAAUGAUGUAACUGCUUGGUGUUAUGUAAUUAUGUUGUGCUGUAAUAAAUUUCAUCCUUGGUUUAAUGUUAAUUUUCUUUCUUUUAAACACAUUGUCAUAUAUAUGCAAUUUUUCACCGUACAAUAAAAACAAAGGAAAAUAUAAAAGUUGAAACAAUAAACCACAAGAUAUGUGCCAGACCUACAAUAAUGUUUAAUUUGCAUCCAGUCAGCUUCGAUUCUCUUGGCCCUUUGAUGUAGACUAAUAAUUUUAUUUGACAUCAUUAAGCAGAUUUAAAAAGAGUUUUAACCAUGCAACUAUAAGAUUUGCCUCAUGACAAUGCAA